AUGAGCACAGAGACUCAUGUGAAGGACGUUAAACCUGGACUCAAGAAUCUCAGUGUCAUCUUCAUCGUGCUGGAAACAGGACGAGUGACGAAGACCAAAGACGGUCAUGAGGUGCGCACAUGUAAAGUGGCUGACAAGACGGGCAGCAUCAGUAUAUCGGUUUGGGACGAAGUCGGUGGCCUCAUCCAGGCUGGUGACAUCAUCAGACUUAACAAAGGACAUUUUUUACUCUUUGAAGGUAAUGACACUCCCAAUGGAAAUGGGGUGAAUUCUCAAGGCUCUGGCAACUCUGCUAAUCCACAGCCGGGUGGACGAGCAAGCAGUGGAAACGGAAACAGGUCGACACCAAGUCCGGGUGUGGGAGGAAGUUCUGUGAGCAAUGGCAAGGAGACACGACGAAUGGUCAAAAGAUGA